UGGCAAUUUUAACCACGUUAACCCAUAUACAAGCAUCACUUUGUAACAACUUCCUCCCAUCACUCCCACCAAUUUAGCUUCCAUUAUCUCACCAACAUCAAUUCAAAUUCUUCGCUUCAAAUUCUUCACCGUGGACUUCUGCUUGAACCAUCUUCUGUUUUCGUCCCAGAAUAACCAAUUUUCAUGGAUGCAUCUGAUGCUCAUUGAUCUUCUCUCCAAUAACAAUCCGUCAUCUACUUUCUUCUUCCCAAGAACAACCUAUAAUAUACUUCUCAAAAAUCAUUACUGAUAUUUUUGAGACGUGAUCUCAGGCGUACCAUCUGUGGCGUAGUUGCAGCACGUUUUUCUUCCUUCUCUGAUCAGUCACAGAGCACAUCGAGGCUGCACACGACAUGUCCGGUAUGUUUUCAGACAUUCAUUGUCGAUGAAUCCGCUUUCCGAUUUGUUGUUUGUCUUCCGUCUUUAGCCAUUUUUGGGAUUUGCAAGUAAUGCAUCCAUUCCCCGAAGACCGUCAUCUCCUUCUUCCGGCGAUACCGGUCGUAAUUAGCGGGUUCCUUAUCCACGGAUCACUACACCUUGGAAUGUUGUUGAAUCUGUUUUCCAGUACUAUUACAUCAAGUGUUUGAUAAAAUGCACCAAUGAAGAAGAUGACUUCCGCAUUCAAACUGAUUCCAAUGGUAAUACCAAGCAAAUAUUUGACACCGCUCCUCGAGAUUGAAUGGUUUGACAGGAGAAAACUGUUUGGCAAUCCAAGCACCAACUUAGAGUCGCCCAACGCAUGGUCACGAUACGGUUUUGAAAGACACAACAAACAAAUAUGUUUUGCCACCUCCGAAGAGGCAGGCCAUGGAGGUCCUUCCAGCAUUAUACCUCUGCAGAAUAUUUUAUUCUGUGGCAUGUUGAUAUCAUUGAAAUCUACCUCGCAUUUGCUUACAGCUCUAUUUCAACAAAGAGCAACAACUAAGAUCAAAGAAAAUCCUACCAGUGUCUUUGCGAAUCAAGGUCAAUUGUGCAAGCUCCAAAGGUCACCCUUCUUUCUUUAUCAAUUUCUCUUUAAGCAUUAAUUUGAAUGCACCCCAGGUUCCUACCCUCCCUUCAGUAGCUUCUUCGCUGUCAAAGGCAAAUGCAAGCUUUAUUCGAACAAUGCUUUUAACAAUGACACGAUAUCUCGAAUAACAGGUUUUAUACCCGUGCUUUCUUGCUCAUUAGUAUCUCAUGCAAGUUAUGUUGUUGAUCAUUUUGGUUGUGGAGUUUUCUGUAUAGACAUGAAAUGUACUUGCCAUCAGUAUUGUUGUGACAUUCGCUGUAGGCAUGUAAUGUACCUACCAUGUAAUUGCUUAUUGGACAUCUGCAUUGUGUGUUUCACAGGUUCCUCGGGCAUUAGAACACCAUCAGCAAGUAAUUUUCCUUUCACGUAUGCAUAUACUAAUGUUUCGUCGUCAUCGCCAAGUUAUGACAGCAACUCACCUUCAAGUGUUUUAUAUUCUGAUCAACCUAUUUAUCGGUAUUUUACAUAUUUAAAAUGUUAAUUACCUAGCACUCAUCCAUUAUCGUGUUUAGGAAUUUAGAGUGCAAUUACAGAUUAGGCUUCAUUGCUCGAGAAAGGAGAUUCAGGGCGCUGAAUUUUCAGGUUAUUCCACGCUACCUCUGUUAACAUAAGUCAUGAUUCUUUUAUGCACAGUCAAGAAAUGCGGUUUAAUGUUGUUUAAUGGCAUAAUGUGAUUUUGUAAAUAUGUGGAAGAUUUAGACUCAAGUAAGAUUCUUAGACGCUACAAAGAUUUAGACCUCAUGCCCCCAACAAGACAGCAUAAAUCAUUACUGCACAAAUGCACUGACGAAGUCUUCAUUCAUCUUGAAGUAAGAGGCUUUUGCUGCUCAGAAUGAUCAGAAUCGCGGAUGACCGAACUCAUGAACUCAUAAAGUUAUGCAACAUUUUAUUGUCAUUCUUUGACACUUCACACCAAACAAAUAAUUAUGCUAUACAAGACACAAACAUAAACCAAGUCACCGCAUAUAGUUUAUUCUGCAGAUUGAAUAUAAAAGACAUGAUCAUUUUCUGUAUAUAGGUCUCUCAGGUGAUAACAUUUGCUGUCAAAUGAAAAGCAGGAGGCGAAACAUUUGAGAAAGUUUCUACUGGUGGUUCACUACGUCUACGCUUCCUGAUGCUCUGUCGGGGUUGAGCUUUCGGGCAAGAUAUGAGCCUCCAGCAGGUAGUGGUGGGAGCUGUAGACAAUGUCUUCAUAGACAUUGAUUAAAUGGAAGUUGUAUGUUCUGCAAGACGCAACCCCCUCACCUUCUGCAGUUUAUUCAGUUUUAGUUUAAAGUUGUUAUAUAUCUUUUGUUUUAUGUUUAAGUAUUUAAAUUCAGGAUUCUGAAAGCUUGAUUAGCUUAA